AUGUGCCCUGAGCUGGGCAGACCCCGGGGUCCCUCCAUCCGGCAGGAGUUGGGAUCUGACUGGCAUCUCUCCCUGCAGGCCUACAACAUCCAUGUGAACGGGGUGUUGCACUGCCGAGUGCGUUACAGCCAGCUCCUGGGGCUGCACGAGCAGUUAAGGAAAGAAUAUGGCGCUAAUGUGGUCCCAGCCUUUCCCCCAAAGAAGAUCUUCACACUCACCCCGGCAGAGGUAGAGCAACGACGGGAACAGCUGGAGAAAUACAUGCAGGCUGUGCGGCAGGACCCGACGCUGGGAGGCAGCGAGACCUUCAACAGCUUCCUGCGCAAGGCCCAGCAGGAGACGCAGCAGAUACCCACAGAGGAGGUGGUGCUGGAAGUGCUGCUCUCCAAUGGCCAGAAGGUCAAGGUCACCAUCCUUACCUCGGACCAGACAGAGGAUGUCCUUGAGGCCGUGGCCUCCAAGCUGGAUCUGCCAGAUGACCUGGUCGGCUACUUCAGCCUCUUCCUAGUGAGAGAGACCAAGGACGGAGCUUUCUCCUUCGUGCGAAAGCUGCAGGAGUUUGAGCUGCCAUAUGUGUCCGUCACCAGCCUGCACAACCCUGAGUUCAGGAUCAUCCUGCGCAAGAGCUACUGGGACUCCUCCUAUGACGACGAUGUAAUGGAGCACCGUGUGGGGUUGAACUUGCUGUAUGCGCAGACGGUGUCGGACAUCGAGCAUGGAUGGAUCCUUGUCAACAAGGAACAGCAUCGGCAGCUGAAGUCCCUGCAGGAAAAAGUCUCCAAGAAGGAGUUCAUCCGCUUGGCGCAGACCCUGAAGUACUACGGCUAUCUCAAGUUUGACCCCUGCAUCACUGACUUUCCUGAGAAGGGAUGCCACGUCGUCGUCAGUGCUGGCAACAACGAGCUCAACUUCCAGGUGCGGCUGCCGAACGAGCAGAUCAAGGAAGGCAGCUUCAAGGUCACACGCAUGCGGUGCUGGCGGGUCACGUCCUCAGUGCCGAUGAGCAAUGGUCCCUCGGGGAGCAGCCCGGGGAAGUCCGAGGUGAAGCUGGAGUUGGCUUUCGAGUAUCUAAUGAGCAAGGACCGGCUGCAGUGGGUCACCAUCACCAGUCCACAGGCCAUCAUGCUGAGCAUCUGCCUGCAGUCCAUGGUGGACGAGCUGAUGGUGAAAAAGUCUGGAGGCAGCAUCCGCAAGAUGUUUCGCCGGCGGGCGAAUGGGGCCCUGCGGCGCUCUGACAGCCAGCAAGCUGUGAAAUCCCCGCCACUGCUGGACUCGCCCGAUGCCUCCCGGGAGCCGAUGGCCAAACUCUCGAGCAAGCUCACCUCUGUCAGCCUGCGAGGGAUCAGCCACUCCAGCUCUGCUAACGAUGUGGGCGCUAACGACUUCCAUGGCAAUUACGCCUUUGAGGGCAUUGGCGAUGAAGAUCUGUAGUGCCCCCCUUCUUGAGGGCCUUCGCUGAGGAAUGUACGACCUGCAGACGGGUUGCAAUCAACGUGCCUCUCACCUCCUACAUCCACCUUCCCCUGCUCCCCCGGGCUGGGGAGCUCACCCCCAGCCCACUGUUGCCUUCGGGGUAGGGGCAGCUGAACUCCUCCUGCUGCUGGCUC